GUACAUCUCCCCCCAUCCUUGGAUUCUCGGCACUUUGUGUGACGCUGGUCUGGUGUGGUCAGUCUGGUCUGUCAUGUAUAUUAGUAGAGCCGGACGCCCGUCCUUUCUGAUUCCCAUGUCUCGCAGGCUCUCACUCUUCUCCCACCAUCUCAACAAUCCCAUACUACCAAAGAUACCCAUACUACAACCACCACCACCAACACCACCGACAACCUCCACCUCACCCUACACCACCACCACACCAGCCAAAAUGCCUCAGCAGCCCGCCGCCGCCUCCAGCCUCAAGGACCUCUUCUCCCUCAAGGGGAAAGUCGUCGUGGUGACGGGGGCCUCGGGCCCCAAGGGCAUGGGCAUCGAGGCGGCACGGGGUUGCGCCGAGAUGGGCGCCGACGUGGCCAUCACAUAUGCCUCCCGCAAGGAGGGCGCCGAGAAGAACGUCGAGGAGCUGACCAAGGAGUACGGCACCAAGGUCAAGGCCUACAAGUGCAACGUCGGCGAGUACCAGCAGUGCGAGGACCUGGUGCAGGCCGUGCUCAAGGACUUUGGCAAGAUCGAUGCCUUUAUCGCCAAUGCCGGCGCCACCGCCAACAGCGGCGUCAUCGACGGCUCCAAGGAGGAGUGGGACCGCGUCAUCAACACGGACCUCAACGGCACGGCGUACUGCGCCAAGGCGAUCGGCCCCGUGUUCAAGAAGCAGGGCCACGGGUCGCUGGUCAUCACGGCGUCCAUGUCGGGCCACAUCGCCAACUUCCCGCAGGAGCAGACGUCGUACAACGUGGCCAAGGCGGGCUGCAUCCACAUGGCGCGGUCGCUGGCCAACGAGUGGCGCGACUUUGCGCGCGUCAACUCCAUCAGCCCCGGCUACAUCGACACGGGCCUGUCCGACUUUGUCGACAAGAGCGUGCAGAAGCUGUGGCACGACAUGAUCCCCAUGGGCCGUGACGGCCUGGCCAAGGAGCUCAAGGGGGCGUAUGUUUAUCUCGUGUCGGAUGCUAGUACUUAUACUACUGGUGCUGAUAUGGUUAUUGAUGGUGGGUACACGUGCAGGUAAUGCGUGGGGGAGGGAUGUUUCGGUGCUGAUGUUGCUGUAUAAUAAAUUGGCUGGAUAUUUGGGCUCGGAAGGGCUGGCUGAAGAGCGUGGAUGAGCUGAUGCGACACGACCUGACAAUUCAAAAGUUAAAUCAUCAAAA